UACUCCUUCACUUCUCAAAUCGUGGAACUCACCCCACUCAUAUAAUCCUUAUUAUUCUCACUACUACUAAACCCUACAUAGUUCAGCCCCUCUAUCCAUUGCCGUCGGCUGUGGUCUUCUUCUCCACGUCGUGCUUGAAGGUGUGGCGUCGCUGUACCCGUCGUCAUCCCCAAGCUGGUAUCUAUUGUCGUCAUCGUCGGCCGAAAGAAGACGUCUUUGUCCCCACAGCAAGCCUUUGUCCUCGAGCCCCUUCUAUCUCUGUCCGAGGCCCCGUCAUUCCUCUCUUGCCGUCAAUACCAUUCCUCCUGCUGCUGGAUAGGUCGUUACACGAAGAUAUCCAAGUUAGACACAGCAUGCCAGGAACCUCAAGUAGGAUCUGCUGCAGCUUCAUCCUCCCAUCAAGUGGACUACCCAAUUCCCUAUCCAGUGGCGGUGGUUCCCUUGCAGCCUCAUCUUUACGCCCCUUUCAUCCGCCCCGUGGCGAACCACCACCUGCUCCACAGACUUGUACGGAUGGUGUUCAAAACUCAGAUUCAAACGAUGAAUACUUAAACCCAGAAGCAGAUGAGGUAGAUUCUUUUGAGCAACACGUUGAUAACCUGUUUGUUACAUCGGAGGCUCAAAAGCGCAGGGAAGCAAGACCACUGAAUUUUGGGAUAAUCCGAUGGCACAAUCAAACAAGCUCAUUUGAGUGUAAGGAAGCUAUGAAGCCACCUAAUAGUAGAAAGAUUGUACUCAGGUACAACAGGAACCUGCAACCAAUUGGAGCUGAAGCUGGUAUACUGAGCGACAUUCUCGGAUUGCUCGGAUCUGACUACACCAAAUUCCCAAUUUGCGAGAAAGACUGGAGAAAGGUUCGCUCCAAGGACAAGAUCUAUAAUGAAUGUGUAAAGGAAAUGUUCUAUUUUGAUGAAGAUAAUGGGAGAAUUAUCAAGCGUACAAUUUUAAAAAUGCUAGGGAGGGCUUGGAAGGAAACGAGGAACAGGUUGUACCAUGAUCAUUAUGACUCACAACUGACUAUUGAACAAAAUAUUGAAGGCCGCCCACCGUGGAUUACUGCAGAUCAUUGGAGAUGGUAUCUUGAUUAUCGCAAUAGUGAAGACACAAAGGAGAAGUGUAGGAAAAAUACUGUGAAUCGAUCGAAGCAGCUAUACACUCACACUAGCAGAUCGAAAAGCUUGGGAAGGCUCGGAGAAGAAGAGGAAAUAAUUGCGGAGAUUGAGCAACAUGAUGAAUCCUCUAGACUGUUGUCUCAGAAUGAUUCGCUUGCUCAAGCUCUCGAAAAGGAGCACUCGGGUAGAGUGCAUGGCAUGGGUAUCAGACUGACUUCUAGUCAAGUCUUCGGUACGAAUUCCCAUCAGUCGAGUAAUGGAGCUCAAAGAGAGGAAACCCAAAGGGUGUUGCUUGAACUACAAGCAGAGCUAGCGACCGAGAAAUUAAAAAGAAAGGUAGUGAGGAUGAAGUAGCAGCCGGAAAAAUAAAUAUACAGGCGAUGGAGAGUGCUCAGAGAUGUCUAAUUCAAAGGGAAUGUGGGGAGCUGCCACUAGACCUCCCUGCAUGGAUGAAUUCGUUGGAGGGAAAAAGUGAAAAGUACAUCUUAGGAUUGGAAAUUUUUUUUUAAAUAUACACUUUUUUAUUAUUAACUAUGCAACUUUUAUUAAGGAAUACACUUUAUUGAUAUUUGGAUAAAUAUAUGAAUUUGCUUUAUAGUUUUGC